AUGCUCUGUCUCAUUACAUCCUUGACUUUGACCUCCGUCGUCUCUACUCGGGGUGUUUACCACCGUGAUGAUACAGCAUUUGACUGGAAUGCGCUUACACCCUCGACGUCUUUGAAAUGGGUGCAUUGCUACGAUAAUUACUACUGUAGCAGACUCUCUGUGCCUUUACGCUACUCCGAUCUUUCUGGGAAACAAGCAGCUGUGGCAUUGAUUAUGCUGCCAUCUAGCUUGUCGCCAAACGACAAGGAUUACAAGGGGCCUGUCCUUUUCAACCCUGGCGGCCCCGGAGGCUCUGGUGUCGACUUCGUCCUCGGAAAAGGAGCCGAUAUUAGUGAAGGUGUUAUUGGCAGGCAAUUUGACCUCAUAGGAUUCGAUCCACGAGGUGUUGGAAACACGACUCCGCCUAUAUCCUUUUUUGAAGACUCCGUCGAAGCUGGGAUGUUUGACGUUCAGCAGGUCCGAGAUUAUAAUGAGAGCGAAACUUCAAUCGGUCGGGCUUAUGUACAGAUAAUGAAUCUUAACAAGCUAGUGCUUGGGCGCGCCGAGAAAAAAUACGUGGCAGAAACGGUGACUACUUCCACCGUUGCACGAGAUAUGCUCAGCAUUAUGAAGGCCACUGGGCAAGAAAAGCUCCAAUAUCUCGGAUACUCGUACGGAACGGUUCUUGGAGCAACUUUUGCAGCAAUGUUCCCAGAAAAGGUUGGACGCAUUGUCUUGGACGGUGUUGUUGAUUCGUGGGGUUACUACAAAGGUAUAUUCGGUGGUUUCAGCAAGGGUAUCCCGAAUGCAUUUGACAGGUUGUUUCCAGGGAAUGACACGAGCCAGCUUCUCGACGCAGACAAGUGUUUCACCAGCAUUCUUGACGCUUGUGUGCAGGCAGGUCCCAAGUUGUGUCCGCUCUACGAAAAGAAUACCGAUCUCAUCCGCGCUCGUGUCAAUCGCAUUCUGGACAAAUUGAGAAUUGAACCCGUAUCCGUCUUUAGCGGAACCACAUCGGACUCGGGAAUUGUUGAUUCUGCGACUGUCCGAAGGCGGAUCUUUCAUGCCCUUUACUCACCAUACAAUGAAGGCGCAGGUCUAGUGGCUGCUCUUGCUGCUCUUGAGCAAGGUAAUGGAAGUGCCAUCUACCAGGGAUCGCUUCAAGACUCAAAUCAGAAAUUAUCGGAAGGAAAAGAACCUCCACAGACUAAGGGGACAUAUGUGUCCGGGUCGGAAGCAAUUCAGGCGAUUUCAUGCGGUGACAUUGUUACGGAUGAUCCAGGGACUGUUGAUGAUCUGAGGGAGGCUUACCGUGAAGCAAAAGCAAUUUCACCGCUUUUCGCCGGGGUUGCUGCUGACCCAUGCCCCGGCUGGUCAAUCCGAGGAGAUGAUCGCUUCAAAGGAUCUUUUAAUCAGAAUACCAGCCAUCCUAUAUUGUUCGUUGGAAACAUUGCCGAUCCAAUCACACCCUUGGCAAGUGCAUUUUUAAUGUCAGAAGGCUUCAAAGGCUCUGUAGUGCUCACGCAAAACUCGUCUGGACACACAUCCGGGGCUGCAAACUCGACCUGUACCGGUAAGAUUUUGCGGGCAUAUUUCGCAGACGGAACACUGCCCGAGGAAGGAACGGUUUGGGAUGUAAUCUUCGCCGAUACGUUAUUGGAAGCGGCUUUCGAACAAGUUGCAUCCGAAGCUGUGUAG